GUUUACCGAGCGGUUCGAGCAUACGACUAUCAGACUGAAACCUACGCUUCCAAUUCCUCGUGUUGGAAUGAAUACAAUCGUUGAAUACCUGGGUUAACACAACAAAUUAUCGAUCAAAGCGAACAAGGGAAAGUUCAUAGACACUAGCGACGGAUUGACCAAGAAUCAAGAAAGUGAUAGGAGGAAUAAGCGGAACGGCACGAAAUACAAACAAGUGGCGGUUGUAUUGGAGUGCGGCACAACUCAACUGAUCCCAUUAUACUCGUAUAGAAACUUGUUCAGCAAUAUGCUAUCGAUUGAUACGAGUAGAGAUGAUGGAGAAACCGAGGAAGAUAUCAACCAGAACAAGUCAGAAAGCCUAUCUAACGAGAUCAAGCUGAAAUCUCCCACAUACGGAAUGCACUUAUUUCCAACCGAAGCACACAAGCAGAAGCAGAAGCAACAACUGCAUGUGGCGCGAACUUGUAGUACUACGGGGAGUAUCACUUCCCAUGAAUAUUCGAGUCACACGAGAAGUUGUCACAGCAAAAACAGUGGAACAACGAGAGGCAGCUGCGCCGAUAGCAACAACAAAAUUGUUGUAAGUUCCUUCUCCAAUCUAGCUACCCAGUCGAUCAGACAGGGGAAAUACCAACAGGCCUUGGAAUAUUACCAGCUGGCUCUCCAAGACUACAGGACAGAAUCGACAAAGACCACGAUCGUGGAGUUAGUGAAUGCUGCAGCAACUUGUUUCAACCUUGGCGCACUGGCAAAGAAAUUGCGUGACUACUCCAUGGCAGCGGAUUACUUUACCGAAGCCCAAGACGUAUACCUACGGUCGAGAUCGAUUAUAGAAAGCUAUGUCCGAUCGGGAGGUGCUGGAUCGUUAUCGACAGCUGCGUCCUCGGCAUCUUGUUCUUCCGCGUCUAUCUAUUCAUGCCAAGUUUGCCUGUUACAGCUUAUUGUUGAAACUCUGCAUGCCAGAGCGCAUUUGCAUUACAAAUACCAAUCUCAAAUCGACGAUGCUGUGGAAUGCCACGAAGAAGCUGUAGAAUUACUUGAAGAUAGCAACGUAAAAAGAGACAACUCUUCGAACAAACAACCACGAUUCCCGGCGGACCACGAUAUCGUAUUCCAAAGGAUUCAUUUUUCCAUACUGCCGCAAGAAUUGAGAUGGCAGCUCUUAGUAACCUCGUACCAAGCGCUGGGGAAGUUUUAUAUGGAAAAGGGAGAACUCGAAGACGCCAUUGUUGCAUACAAAGAAACGUUAUCCGUCCUUCGAAAACUAAACGAUUUCAAAAUCGAAUCCACCGUGCAGCGACAAGAAGAAAUCUUGCAAAUACUGCGAGCCCUUUCUGAUUUCUAUUGGAAGAACCAUUCCGAAAGCACUGAUAUCGUGAAACUAGAACGCGUCGCAUAUGUGCAAGAAGAUUUAGAAUGCUGGGAAAAAGCCAUGCAAUGCUGGGAACAUAUUUUGCAUUGCCAAUCAAAACAACAUGGGAAUGAAUCCUAUGAGGUUUCUGUUACUCUUGGACAGCUGGCGCGAGUGAUGGUCCUUGAGGGCAACCUUGAGGGGGGUCUCGAUUUGUAUCAGGCUACGGCGGACAUUUCGUUGAAGAAUAAUAAAAUCAAGGAAAACAGCUCUAAUUUGAAGGAUGCCGUUUUUAGCAUUCCCGAAGACGUUUUUGCUAGUAUUAUGGAUCUUCACAAUGAAUUAGAUCGCAUCCCCGAUGCAAUCAACUGGUUGAAAAGCUUACUAUCAAAAAGCGAGAGACGAGAGGAUCAGGCAAGGAUUCAAUUGGAACUUGGAAAGCUGUACCUUCAUCAAGGGUUUAUUCAUGCUGCAUCAGAUGCGUUGUAUUUGAGUCUUGAACUGUUUGAUGGAGAAGAUGCAAGUGCUUUCGAAUUGCUCAAGAAAGUCAAAUUCUUGGGGGAAAGACGCGAUCACGGAGAUACGGAAGGAGACAGCUCUGAACGUGUUGAUGCUGCCGCCGAUCUGAUGGAUUGUCGUAAUACCGGAGUGGAUUGUCUCAAAGCAAUCACAGAAGAUGGAGAAAGUGCUUUUGGAUCAACACUCGAUCCCUCCAAAAGCGUCAAAGAAAACGAAGCGUUUGAUACAAGUUACGAUGAGAGUGAAGAUUUAAGUAAAUUGAUGGCCAACGUCGACUAUGAAUGUGGUGAUGAUAUCGAUCUUCAACGAAUUAAUAUCGAUCCGAAUAUAUCUGGAAACAGCACUUUGAAUUGCAAAAAUGACCUAGAAGAACACCUCGAAUUGAUCGACGACGAAAAAAAGGAAGAAGAAGGUCCUCUGAAGUCUUUGUCAACAGGGGCUGAGACACUGGGCUAUGGAAUACAGUAUAUUUCGGAUGACGUUCCGCUAACUUCAGAUGAAGAACCCGUUUCAUCGUUCGGUGGUUCCCCAGUAAAACAGACUUCAGUCAGUACGAAAUCUGUUGCUACUAACGAGCUUUAUUCCGAAAAAAUGGAUAUUGCAGAUAUAUAUUCAAGUACUUCAUCGCCUAGCAACAAAAUUGAGUCGAUUGAACCGAUUCAAAAUGGCGCUGAGACUCUUGAGAUGCACGAUACAGGACCUACCACGGAUUCUAAGGUUGAAGCUGAAGAGAACGAGAGCUCCGCGGAACAAGGACCCCGUUUUAGAUUUCAAGAACGUCCUAUCAUAACACAAACCGAAGCAAGUGGAUUUGAAGAUACGCCAAUUUCGACGUCGAACAGUGCUGAUUCCCGAACAGCUCUUCUGAAUCCAGCAGGAAAAUCUGUCGCAGCCCAGACAUCAAUACACCUUCCACUUCUAAUGAUAUCGCCGAAAAAUCCAAUUGAUGACAAGGUCUCUCGGGGUAAGAAAUGCUAUGCUGAAAUUUCCGAUAAACAGUCGAUAAGAACUGGGAGAAGUCGUCUUGUAAAGGCUCUGUCAAGUCCAUUUCGAAGAUCACGAAGUAAGAGCAGAUCUACUACUAGCAAUCGACUCGUUCCUCUUGAUGAAGAGAAGGAGGUCCGUCAAUCUAUGCCUACGAGGAGGUCUCAAAACGAACUAGACGAAGAGUCGUGUAAUUCAAAAGAGGCCCCAAUAUCGUACAUCGAUAUUCGAGGUGGACCCGACGACGAUAGGUCAUUAGUUUCACAACUCACAUUUCGAGAGUACGAAAUGCUCUCGAAGAAGAAAGAGAAACAGAGUGAAAAUGGACACUGGUGGUGGGGGGUUUCAUCAGAAGGCCUCGAAGGUUGGUUUCCUUCGAAUUAUGUAAAUCAGGCUGUUGAAGCUGCUGAGGGAUUUCUGUCGGCAAAGGCAAUUCACGAUAGAGUUAAAUCGCGUCCGCUAGAUUUUGAUUCUGAAGAUGAAUCCGAAUUGGAUGAACUUGAUGAAGACGAUUUUUCUCUUUUAAAAGAUUCGUUCUCGAAGGAAUCGAAAGCUCAGGUAGCAACUGUUGAUUCAGGAAAAAAGAUUUCAAUAACGAAACCCAUGGAAGUACCAGUAAAAUCUCGCAGGCAUCUACUUGAAUCAUCGGGACAAAAUGAAUGGAAUGAAGUGACAAAUGUUGGAGACAUCGAGCCUCUGUGUUUAGAAUCUCAAAUACACCAGAAAAAACUUCAAGUGGAAUGUUCGAGAACGCAAAAUGGCCAAGAAGAUAUUUCUGUUGCGAUGUUACUGUUUGAUCUAGCAAAAUUGUACAUGCAGAAAAGGGCCUCUGCAGACGCUUUGUUAUACUCUCAUCAAGCUCUGAGAAUCCAAAAAUCUACUCUACAUCUUCCGGAAGCCUGCAAAUCAUUGAAUUUGAUGGCUGAAGUGCACUGCAGAGAACAACGAUAUAAGGACGCCUUAUCGUGCUAUUACGAAGCUCGGAGGAUACAAGGGUCACUCUAUGGAUACUUUCAUCAAGAAAUAGCAAGAAAUCUUAACAACUGCGGGCAAGUAUUGGCUCGUCAAGGAGAAUUUGAUCUGGCAAUGGAUAAACACAAAGAAGCACUUCGCAUAGUGAAGGAAUGCUGUGGCGAAAAUGUGAAGAAUCCCCUAGUAUCUGACACUCUAAUACAAAUUGGAGCUGUUUAUUACAAAGAACGCAAUUCCUUGGCCAAUAUUCAAUCACAGCAAAACGAUGGCUAUAAGACGUUCAUUGAAGGCGGUAUGUUGGAGGUUAUUGGUCGUGCUCACGAAGAUAGAGGGUCGUACCGCAUGGCAAUUGCAUUCUUCGAAGAAAAGUUACAGUUUUUGAAUGCGACCGAGAACUCUGAUGAUCUGGAGGACGUUGCCGAAACUUUAAACAGCCUUGGAAUGCUAAGCUGCCGUGCAGGUAUGUACCUCGAGGCAAUCGACUACUACGAUAGAGCAUUGGGUAUCCAAAUGAAAUUAGGUUGUGACGAUGUCCAGCUUGCCAUGGCAAGGGUUUUGGCAGGUAGCGUGCAGUACUCCCUAGGACACUUCACGAAAGCUCUCAAAUUAUUUCAAGAUGCGCUCAGUACUCUGCGCCAAGUCGGUCUCGAGCAUGAAACAGUCGCUGCAACACUCUUCCACAUCGGUCUCGUUUAUGCUGCGCUUUGCAACUACGAUGAAGCGAUGUCCAACCUUCGUGAUGCAUUGGAUAUACAAAGCAAAUUACUCGGCAUGGAACAUCCAGCAACCUUCCGCACCAGAAGAGAAAUCGGAAAUCUCCACGCAGUUUAUGACUCCGAAAUAAAAUCUGCAUUUGAAGAAUAUAACAAUAUUAUUGUUGCGCAGAAACGCAUACAUGGAGAGAAGCACCCGUACGUAGCAGAAACUCUACACAGUAUCGGUUGUGCGCAAGCAAGACAAGGCAAUUUAUCAGACGCACUUCGCACUCUUGAAGAUUGUUAUAAUAUGAGGUUACCAUUUCUCGGAAUGGAUCAUCCACAACAAGCAUCAACACUCCACGAAAUCGCUAAAAUCCAGUUGAAGAGAGGUCGAUUGAAGAAAGCGAUUCAUAUCAUAGAUGCGUCGUUGAACAUUAGAGUUGAAUCGCUCAGCGAUCAUCACAUUGAUGUGGCUCUAACAAUGACAACAAAAGCCAGUUGUUUGGUUGCAAAAGGUAAUUUUGUCGAUGCCAACAAACUUUUUCAGGAAGCACUUCCUGUUGCCAAAACAGCUGUUGGCUGCAUGCACCCAUCGAUUGCAUGGAUUCAAGUGCAAAUUGGUGUGAUGAAUCUUCGCAAAUGUGAUUUUGAUCGCGCAAUGAUAGCGGUAAAAAGUGCUAUAGAGAUAUAUAGCAAUUCCAAUCUAGACCAAGACCACCCAGGGAUAAAGGAAGCAACAGAUGAACUAGAAAGAAUAGAACGAGCAGAAAUGCUUUGUGUCUAAUAGAUCUCAAGCUAAUGUCAUACAAAAAUACAAGUUAUUUUAUAUUGUUAGUGCACAAGGGGUAGUGCAUGAAUGGUUAGUUAAUGACGGCAAUCAAAGAACUCUGCGUUUGGUGCCUUUUUCCCUUGUAUCUUUGCACAGAUAUGCAUACAGAGAUUUUUUUAAACUUUAAUUGAGGUGUUGCUCUUGUUUGCUCUUUCAUCAUCUGAUACUAUGGGGGCAUUUGUUUGACGCAAACCAGCAACCAUAAACAAUGCAACACAAGUAGAGCUUUCAAUUGGAUCAUAUUUGCAUACUAGUAAAAGGGAUGGUCAGCAAAGCUCUCAUCAGAAAAAUCAAGAUCCAACAGUGAAGUAAAUCGUGUGCUAGAAGAAAAAGGGAGUCAAUGCUCUUAUCUACGAACUAUGAAAUCUAAAAUGAAGAUGGAGUGAUGUGUGGAUCAAAUGAGUCAACUUACUCACGCUAGUGAGUCGAAUGAAUCAUAUUGAUCAUAUGGAUCCAUAGGAUGGAGUGACUCUACUCAUCAAAGAUACGUGCCAUGCGUGUGUAUCGAAUAUGAAGCAUACCCACGAUCUGAUAUCCUACAGACAACAAAAAGAAGUGAUGCAAGAAAUCAUUUAUGGUUUGGUCUUGAACAUAGAGCCAAUAUCCGUUCCUCCAAGGGAGAGUCCAUCUAUCAUUGCAGGUCCUGUUCAAUAUUUGUCACCCCCACUGCCAACCCUGGACUUGCAGUCUACUACUUCAGGCCCAUUUGGAGUUUCAGAAUAGCACUGACAAUGAACUUUGUCACCCAUUGGACACUCAAAUCCAAAGUAAUCAUAACCCAUAUCAAUGGUUAAAAUCCUUGCAAUACCAAAGACCUGUGAAGGUUUCACUUCGAUAACCAAUCCAAUUCAUUUGCCCUGAGAAAACAAAACCAUCAGGGGGCAGGGARGAAAGCCAGCCACCAUGCCACACAUUAGUAUGUAUAUCCACCCAAGCACACACAACAACAGGCUCAUCACCAGAGGGAUCAAUAGUCAAUGAGAUUAYUGUGCCUGGUGGAAUUYCUCUGUGCAAAGUUGGCUGCAAAAAUAUUCCACCAUUGUACAUCUCGUCACCAUCAGAAAGAGAUUCAGAUUUGUAAUUCCUGUUUCCCCAAAGCUUUACUCCCCCUUUUCCCUCAUAGUCCUCAAUGAGGUUGUAACUCAAAUCAGGGUCAGUUGAGGAAUAUGAAAUUCCAUUUACAGAUGAUCCCUUGACAACAAGUGCAUGAAUAAACUGCUCUGUGGUGGUUGCGGGAAAAGUGUAGGUUAGCUCUAGACCGGGCUUCUCAAG